UUGGAUCUCGUUACAACUGCAGUGGAAGAACUUGACAAACAGGUUGUGGCACCGCCUUCAGAACCCGAAACCACUGGCAUCUUGUCUAUAAAUGUGCGCUCUGCUCUCCUCGUAACCAGGAACUGCGACAAGAGCUCAAAGAGUCACCAAGAGGGGAAACUCAACUCGCCUGAUUUUACAGGACAGCCAAUCCCCGACGAGCAGACGCUUCUCUAAGCCGAUCAGCCCGGAAUUAAAGCAAGGCACUCACAGAGGAGAAACGAGAAACUCUUCAUUUCAGCUCCACGACAGAAACUCGCCAAGAUGAUGCAGCUCACAGAAACCACCGCCCAGAAAAACUCCCUCUUCAACGCCAUGAACCGCUUCAUCGGCGCCGUGAACAACAUGGACCAGACGGUCAUGGUGCCCAGCCUGCUGCGGGACGUCCCUCUGGAAGAGGACAGAGAGAUGACGAGCUCUCUGAAAUCAGAAGAGGACGAGGGGGACAUGUACAGCUACUACCAGCUGCUCAAGUCCAUCCGCAGAGACAUCGAGUGGGGGGUCAGGUGCGCUGCGGCCGACGAGAGGCGCAAAGAGAGCAUGAAGAUCACCCGCAUGAAUUCGUCCGCAUCCAGCUCCUCAUCCGCAUCAUUCUCAUCGGAGGAAGAAGAGGAGGAGGACGAGGAUUUGCAGAAGCAGUUCCAGUAUCACCUCACCGGGCUGCAAGGGGUGUUGUCCAAGCUCACACAGCAGGCCAACUCUCUCACUAAGCGCUACAAACAGGAGAUUGGGAUCGGAGGAUGGGGCCAGUAAGCUUGGAGCGCACAGAAACUGAAAACACAGAUUGCUUUUUAUUGGACUGGAUUUUUUCUGAAAGGGCCUUGCUGCUGCAGCUCUUACUGCUGAUGACAGUUGUGGACAAACAUUUGAAUGGUAGAGGGGGAAAAGGCAGCUCUCUUUAGGCCCUCGUGGUGUUUACUGACUGUAGAUGUGUUGAUCCUGCAGGAUUUGUGUACUGAACGCCAAAACUUCUUUUUGCACUCUAAACGUUUUGUACACAUCCUGUGAGUGACAUGCAGAUGAAACGUAUUUAAAACCUCUAUUUAAUGUAUAAUUUAUUACCUCACACUGUCAAAUUUGACAUGUUAUUUCAAAGUUAUUUCAAAGUUGGAGAGGACUGCAUGAACUACAGGACCUGACUGUCUGAGCCGCCCCUCUGACGGGGAAUACUGACAAAAGAUUUAGCCUCCUGUCUGUGUUGCUGAUGAUGUCAGUGUGUUCAGAUGUGUGUGACCUUGUAUGACCAGUGCUCCUUCAAAUCUGUCUUUAACUUAUUUGUCCAGUGUCGUUGUCCUGUGUCUGUUUCUCUGUAUUAACAGCAAUGCAAAAAAAAACCUGAGUCAGUUCCUUGUAUGUGCUCACACAUACUCGGCCAACAGUGUGAUUCAGUUUGCAUGGAAGGAGGCAGAUGCUCACUGUAGCCGCCUAUGAUCUCCUAAUGCCCUACAUGGCCAAUGAACCAGAAUCAACUGUUAAUGCUUCUGCAUAAAGAAUAAUGAGGGUUUCCACAAGACGCUUUGUUGUUGUUGUUGUUGUCAUAAAUUUGCUUUUAUUAUGAUGGUGUUACUAGACGUGUCCAUCUGUCAAAUUAGCAAAUGUUUUUGUACGUACGCACCUUCUGCAUCAUUUUUGUACAGCUGAUAUUUGUUUCUAAAAAAAUAAACUUUUUUUAUACUUA